GAGUAAAGGACUCUUAUUUCCAUUAUAAGAAAGAAAUCUUAUGAGUCAGUUAAAGAUUAGAUUUCAUAGCACGAAGCAAUUCAAAAUUGUUUUCUGUAUUUAAACCUUGUCCAAGAUCAAGAUCUUUUGUGCUCACUUCAGUGUGAAAAAAAUAUAAUUAAAGUGUUAAACUUCAUCAUUUUCGUUUAUUAUUCAGAAAAUAAGACAUAUUUUCAAAAAUGUCACACCGCGAAAUACAGGAAGAUUAUGAGGGAUAUAUAAUGGUAUAUACCGAUGGAUGUUGCAUUAACAAUGGUCGUGGAGGCGCCAAAGCCGGAAUUGGUGUUUGGUUUGCCGAUGGUCAUCAACUGAAUGUUUCAGCACCUUUGAAAGGAAGGGCGACGAACCAAAGAGCCGAACUGCAAGCGGUCGUAGCUGCUUGCAAAAGAGCGCUGGCUGCAGGAUUUGAUGAAUUGUUUAUAUUUACCGAUUCACAUUAUGCCAUGAAUUGCGCCAUUAAGUGGAUUCAUGUUUGGAGAAGAAAUGGCUGGAUUAAUGCCCGAGGAAAUCCUGUAGCGAAUAAAGGCGAUAUUCAGGAAAUGAUGCAUUAUGUUGAUCAACUUAACACUAAAUGGGAGGCAGUCGCAGCGCACUCCGGCAAUUAUGGCAACGAAGCGGCUGAUCGUCUUGCCAGACAGGGGGCCAAAGAAUACUAAAAAUUAUAUUUAUAUUAUGAGAUUUAAGAAAAAUUUCCCUUUAAAUUUAUAUUGACUAUAUUUUUAUAAAGCUAUUAAA